AAUAAGGAACAAUAGGAGACAUAUUUCACCAAUGAGCAGUGUUUUAUACGUUUCUGCUUGACCAGUCUUGAGUGCGUUCACUGUGUGUGCUUGUUUGGAUUGGCCCACAUUGAUGUCACUGGAGUUUAAUUGCGGCCCACCGGUGCAGCUCAGAUCGCGCUUUGGAUCAUUUGUGAUGGAGUGGCGUCAGCAGUCCACUGUCAGCUGCGACGAAGCCUUCUCAGAGGCGCAGAGGUGGAUUGAGGCAGUAACCAAGAAAAGAUUUGGGAGUAACGACUUUCGAUCAGCACUGGAGAAUGGCGUUCUGCUGUGUGAUCUGAUCAACAAGAUCAAGCCUGGAAUUGUCAAGAGGGUUAACAGGCUUCCCACACCUAUUGCUGGACUGGACAACCUUAACGUCUUCCUCAAGGCCUGCGGGAAGCUCGGACUAAAGGAAGCCCAGCUCUUUCACCCAGGAGACCUUCAGGACCUAUCCACUAGAGUUACAGUCAAGCAUCAAGAGACCAAUAGGAGGCUGAAAAAUGUGUUGAUCACCAUUUACUGGCUUGGUAGAAGGGCUCACUGUGAACGUUUCUAUGAUGGACCUUACUUGAAUUUCAAGGCAUUCGAGGGAUUAUUGGGCACAGCGCUAUACAAGGCUCUGCAGGAAUCGUCCAGUCAGAAAGGCAGCAACGUCAGAGACAGUGGUUUUGGAGAUAGCUGGUACUCAGAGCGAGAGGAACUCAAUCAACUGAGGGGAGGAGGAGGAGGCGGACACAGGAGAGACGACUCCCUGGACAGCUUGGACUCUCUGGGUUCCCAACCCCACAGCAUCUCAUCUGACACCACUCUUAAAGGCAGCAGCGAGGGUUGUUACAGUGACACUGAGGCAGACUCUGUCUUCAGGAUGGACAAAGACAAGGACUCACUCAGUUACCGCCGGUCUGCAGUCGUCACACCCAAAGUCAGCGCCCAGUUUAACCAGUUCCUGCCCACUAAAGACAAAGCCUCAGGCUAUGUUCCUGCUCCACUAAGGAAGAAACGGGCUGAGCGAAAUGAGGACAACCGGCGCAGCUGGGCCAACCCCAUGUACACAGAGGAGGACGGUACACUCACAAGACAGCGGCAAAUGCAAGAGAGUAUCGACGGGAGCAAAUCGACCAGCGAUAUCCAAGCUCAACCCUCCGUCAUCCGUCAGUUUCAAACCGAAGAGCUGCAGCGGUAUCGUGAGCAGGUCAAGCAGACCGACGAUCAAUGGCAAGACGACCUGAGCAAGUGGAAGAACCGACGCAAGAGUGUCAACUCUGAUAUAGUGAAGAAGAAAGAGGAAAGGGAGAAGAUAGAGCAGAUAACGUACAGCGGCAACAAAAGGUCUAAGACCUUCAAGGAAAUGCAAGAGGAGAGAGAAAGUAAAGGACUGAACAGCAUUGGCAGUCGUCUUGGAUCUCUCUCAUACAACGACGACGAAGACGUAUUUGAUAGACCUGUCAUCGCCCCUCGUACCCGAACCCUUCCUGCCAGGAGCUACACUAUUGACACUACAAGCUAUUCCUCUUACCGCCCUGAGCCUUCUCUGAAAGAGGACAAACCCCGUGCUGCCUCCCCAUCUACCGACAGAGCCGCUAGCCCCCCUCCCAUCGCACGUAAAGCUGACAUUGUGAACAGUUCUGUCAGCAGUGACACCAGGACCACCAACACUCCCACCAGCCGCAGCUCUCUCCACAAGCCGCAGGCUCCGUCAGCUGCACCCUCCUUGCAGAGGAGUCCAGACUCAGAACCCACCAGCACAGCCAAGACAGAGGAGACCUCAACCAUAGCCUCUCGUCACUUUCUACAAAAGGUGCCAGAGCCAAGGCGCCCAUUAUCAGGCGCACAUACUGAGGCAGUGACCCCCUCCUCUGGUUCCCUGUACAUACAACAACCACAGCACAGCUCAAUGGAACCCAAGCCUCCCGGGGUGUCUCGGGUUUCUGCCUCCCUCCCCAGGAGCUACCAGAGACCGGAUAGCUCACGUCUAACCUCAGUUGUCACGCCAAGGCCCUUCGGGACCCAGACCGCUCGCAUCACCUCAUAUCCCCGGGUCUUUACAAUGGAUGACUCUCACAAGCGUGUCAACGGUGGUGUGGAUGUUUCAAAGAAGACAUCUGUGCCGAACCGCUAUCACCAGUUCAUGACCUCUGAGGACGAGGCUCCCUCCCAGUCCAGCUCGACCCAGAGCAGCUCAGAUGAGGAAGAGCAAGAAGAGACCACAGCAAAAAGUGUCACCUCAACCCAGAGCGUCUCGCCUGUCCCACCUCAGGUCAAGAGUGACGCUCCAGUCAGUCCUGAUCCAUCCAAAGAUACCAACCAGGAGAGCUACUGUGAGAUGCGGAUCAGCCUAAACCAGAAGCCCAACAGCAGCAGAGACUUUGGCUUUCAGACAAACUGGGACUCAACUGGAGCUCGCGUCACAUCCAUCCAUCCAGGCAGCUCGGCCGAGAUGUGCCAGCUUCAGGCCGGGGAUGAGGUGCUGACAUUGAAUGGGCACCAGGUGGCAGAAAUGAGCUACACAGACUGGAAGGAUGGCAUGGACGAGGCUCUACAGGAGGGCAGUCUGGUCAUGGAUAUACGCCGUCAUGGCAAGAACAACUGGGACAGAGAUCAACCUUCCCUGCCAUAUAAAAGCCAUAAGACCAUCAAUCUGACCAGUACGGAUCAUCCAAUACUUCUAGGUUCCCCUGACACAAAUACUGUCAACUCCAGCCUGGAUUUCACCUCACGCAUUUCCACAGAAGUGCCACCAUCCAAAGAGACCCCCGCCCCUCCAGUUAUCGAUGUGGCUUCAAACGGGGUUAAUGGUGGUUUCCGUGAGUCGGUGACCAUGAGGAACAAAGAAUCAGAACCCAUAUCUUUGAAAAACUUAAAACGGAGGUCAGAGUUUUUUGAACAAGGAGGAUCAGAGUCUGCAGUACCAGAUAUACCUGUUCCGUCAAUCACUCCUGCUUCCAGCCGCUGGUCCUGGGACCCAGAGGAGGAGCGAAAAAGACAAGAGAAAUGGCAGAAGGAGCAGGAGCGCCUCUUACAGGAAAAAUAUAAGCGUGACCAAGAGAAACUGCAGGAGGAGUGGAUCAAGGCCCAGCAGGACAUUACCAAGAAUGUAGACCAACAAGAGCCACAGAGCCUGGAGGUGGACAACUAUAGCACCAGCCCACUCUCGCCCCUCUCCCCUGUCAGCCAGCCCACUCCUCCUCCGUGGGAAGAAAAAGAGAGAAAGAGGAAGGAGGAGCAGGAGCGCCAAAGGGAGGCAGAGGAGAAGAGGAAUAGGGAGGAGCAGGAGUUCCAGCGUCUCCAGGAGGAGAGGAAGAAGAAAGAAAGGCAGGAGGAGGAGGAGAGGAAGAGGAGGGAGGAGGAAGAGCUGAGAUGGCAGAGGAGGAGAGAGGAGGAGAGGGAGAAGGAGAGGCAGAGGGAGAGGGAGAAGGAGAGGGAGGAGGAGAGGAGGCGGCAGGAAGCUGCAGAGCAACAGCGCAGAGAGCAGGAGAGAGCCUACGAGCAACAGCAGUGGGCUCGUGGCUCCAAUGACUUUGCCAGUGUCAAGCCUGAACUGUCCUUUGCAGACAGGGCAAAGUCCAAAUCAACUCCCCAGCUGGAUGAAGUGCCUCAGAGGAAAGGUGGGUACAUGCAGCGGGGGGGCAUGGCUCACUGGCUGCUGGAAGAGCAGUAUAGGAGCACACAUGACACACACGCCCGGAGUCAGAGAGCUGCAUCAGAGCUUGAGAUGGAGAGGAGAAACAUCCUCAAUGCCAUGAAAUACAGAGAGCCAGAGAGAGUGACAAGCAGUGGAGUGGGUGAGAUGAAGGGUCAGCAGUCCGCGUCACAGUCCGAGCUAGAGCGUCAGCAGAUCCUAAACGAGAUGAAGAAGAAGACUCCGCUGCUGACGGACAGCAGCUGGAUCCGCCAGCGCUCCGUCAACACCGCCACCAACACGGAGUCCAACGUGCCACACAUGCGCAGAGGCGAGUCUCUUGACAACUUGGACGCCUCCUCCAACUCCUGGCGGUCAUCAUGGACACCCAGGAGCAACUCUCAUAUCCCAAACUACACUCGGCCUCAAUCUGCCCUCUCCGGCAGUACUUCCUCUUUUGGUGGCGGGUUAGGGGCUCGGCCUGGCUCCUCCACUCUGCCCUCCUCCUACUCUAUGGGCUCCCUCCGAGGCAGGGCAGGAUCCCCCUGGUCCCAGCAGUCACCUUCCCUUUCACCCACUUCUCUGUCACCCACCACCUCUCCAGAGCCCACAUCUGAGGCUGGUGCCCCUCAGCGGAGCAGGUCAGUGAGUGGCAAGAAAAUCUGUACAUUCUGUGACAGCCCGCUGGGAAAGGGAGCAGCCAUGAUCAUCGAGUCCCUUGGGCUCUGUUAUCAUUUGGGCUGUUUUAAGUGUAUUGACUGCAAGUCUGACCUCGGAGGAUCAGAAGCCGGGGCUGAAGUCAGAAUACGACACAAGCAGCUCUACUGUAACUCCUGCUACAUGCGAUUUAAAACUGCCCAGCCAACCUCUAUGUGACAUGACUGUACUCCAGCAGAUUGAUGAAGAGACUACUUGUGACAACAACCCAUAAACAUUGAAGUGAACAUUGAAGCCAUAGCAAAUAGCUGGGAUUCCAACCUUGAACAUACUUCCAUUUAUGAUUCUAAAAAACUUGCUGAUCAUUUUUCCUUUUUUUUACAGUGUGAUUGAGAGGGUAAGCUUGCAAAGACGUUAUUUCUUUAAUGUGUUUUUAUCAUAUUAAGUAUUACAGUUGUACAAAGUGUAAGGGUUCUGCAUGCACCAGAGUUUUUCAAUGUUUUAGCCAUGAAACUAGUCAAGCGUUUAAUUGUCUACUAUUAAAGAAACAGAUAUUUCCAAUGACCUUCACUGAGGCAGAUUUUAGAGAUACUGGGAGAGGUUUUAUGGUUUACCCCUCUUGUUCAAGCUUUUCUUGCUAGCCUUGUGUUAUUAACAUUUUUGUCAACCAAUGUAUUCUUAUAACGUCUAUGUGCCUUUUUGUUUGUAACAGGGAGAAGUAAUUAAGAUUAUUAGUAGUCUUUCAAAAUGUAUAUUUAAAAAAAAUGGCUGCUUGGAUAUCACUUGUCUGGAGUUUUCGCUUAUAGAUGGAAGAUUGUGCACAUAAGCAGGUUUCCAUGUGAAGAAUAUAUCAUGCUGAUUGGAAUUGCAGCAAACAGUAACAUUUGUAAAUAAAAUGACUAAAUGCUCAUCUCGUAUUUUUGUUUACUUUUUUUUCAACAGUGAAAUUGCAAUGAUAUUCCCAUAUAUGAUGCAAGGCAUUUCCCGCCUCUGUAAUCAGGAAUCAUUAUACUCGUCACUCCUGUCGUUCUCUCUAUUUCUCUGUAGUGCCACAGUCGUACUGAAAGGAAUUUCAAUGAGCUUUUGUGCAAAAGUUCAGAGGACCUGCCUGCUCUGUGUUCUCCAAAGCCAAUUUGUCAUGCAUAUUUCAUUCAGUGUGCAUGCAUUGC